GCGCAUAUUUUUUUGCUUGUUGACAUUUUAUGUUUGACAAUUAACAAUUCAUGAAAAGGUUUUGUAUAUUCCAUGUCAAAUAAAUAAGUUCGGUAUUGUGUGAAUUAAUUAUAAUAUUCUACAUUUGACUUGACUUGAAUCGUUCAAUAUUAUGACCUGAAGCUACCGACACCAAGAAGAUGUUAUUUUUGUUUGAGUGGAUAAUAUACUAAUGUAGAGGAAAUUAGAAACAAUGUCUUCGAAUAUCAUAUCGUCUUUAAAAGUCCGAGGACCUGGAAGGCCACCAAAAAAGAACACAGCAUGUACUUGGUGCAAUGAAACUAAAUUACCAUUGAAAUAUGUGUUUCCAACAACAAAUGGGAAAAAAGAGUUUUGCUCUGAGACUUGUUUAGCUGAAUUUCGAAAAGCGUAUAUUAAAGGCGCCUGCAUUCAAUGUGAUAAUGUUAUAAGGGGAAAUAAUAGCCCAUCAAAAGAAUACUGUUCAACCUAUUGCAUGAAUAAACAUCAAAAGAAAAAUGAGGUUCAAACUCGGGUAGCAGCUAUUGCCCCGUCAACGCCCUUAGAGGGAAUAUCUCCUGGGCCUUUUCAGUAUGAAACAUACAAUCCUUUUGAUUGGGAGGAAUAUUUACAUGAAUCAAAUGCCAUUCAAGCUCCAAAUAAUUGCUUUAAGCAAACCCCUACACCUCCUUUAAAUGAUUUUAAAGUUGGUAUGAAAUUGGAGGCAUUAGAUCCAAGAAAUGUUACUUCUACAUGCAUUGCCACUGUUAUAAGUAUAUUAGGACCAAGAUUAAGGUUAAGACUGGAUGGAAGUGAUAAUAAAAAUGAUUUUUGGAGGUUAGUUGACUCUAGUGAAAUUCAUCCAAUUGGGCACUGUGAAAAAAAUGGAGGCAUGCUGCAGCCCCCAUUAGGUUUUAGAAUGAAUGCCAGUUCCUGGCCAAUGUUUUUACUUAAAACACUAAAUGGGGCUGAAAUGGCUCCUUCUAAAAUAUUCCAGAAAGAACCUGCAGGUCCAAAAACCAACCUUUUUCAAAUUGGCCAAAAACUAGAGGCAGUUGAUAAAAAAAAUCCACAAUUAAUUUGUUGUGCAACAGUUGGGGCUAUUAAGAAUGAUCAAAUUCAUGUGACAUUUGAUGGAUGGAGAGGUGCAUUUGAUUAUUGGUGUAAAUAUGAUAGCAGGGAUAUAUUUCCUGUUGGAUGGUGUGCAAAGUCUGGUCACCCGAUGCAACCCCCAGGACAAAAAAACAAUGCCGGAGCUAGCAGAUUUCGCUUUCGUCCGGCUUUCACAGCUCCUCCACCCUUACCAGUCUCGACUGUGUCGCCUGAAGUACAAUCUCCGGAGGCCGAUACUUCAGUGCCGUCACCGCCCCCCAUUGUUAUUUACUUUCGCAGAAGUUGCCUUGGUGGUCCUUUUAUUGACGUCAAAUCUCUGCCCGUCUCCAUAGAGGAUGUCAUCGUAAGCGACUUGCUGAAAAAAUUGGUCAAACAGCUGCUGGCGGUCACGCACAAGGCAGAGUUGAUUUUGUCGAGACUCGGGACGGGCAGCGGCGAGGAAAUGGCCGUUACUCAUGCUGGAAGUACUUAUAAUGUUAAAUUACCAACAGCUCUUAAAAGUACGGAUCUGGAUAAUGUGUUUAGGGCCUUGGCGACAUCAUUAGCAUGUUGUCAAAACUUAUUUGCUACAGAUCAGACUUUGAAAGCGUGUCAGAGUUGCGACAUAAAGAGUCCUUCCCCUCCAAAACGCAAGGCACCGGAGCAGGAAGCAGCGACGUCAACAACGCCUGCAGAACUGCCUUCGUCGUGCGAAUCGCCGAUGACGACGCUUACCAAAACUCCGACGAUUGAGUGGGAGAUCGAGGACGUAAUACAGUUUAUCGAGUGCAUGGAUCCGUGUCUUGGAGUGCACGCGGAUCUUUUUAGAAAACACGAGAUUGAUGGUAAGGCAUUUCUUCUCUUAAAUUCUGACAUGAUGAUGAAAUACAUGGGGCUAAAAUUGGGCCCAGCUCUAAAAAUAUGUAAUCUGGUAUCGAAAUUAAAAGGAAGAAGACACAAUUCUCUUUAAAUUCAUAUGUAAAAAACUUCACAUCUGAACUCACUUUCUGGUUUUUUGUUUUUGAAUGGGUAUGAACGCGAAUUAUUUUCCGUUUUUUCUAAAAUAUUUGUGAUAAAUAAAGAUAUGCAGUAUAUUAUAAAUGUAAUAACAUUAAACUUACUAAAAUAAGUAAUAAUAUUUAAGUGUACAAAAAGUAUUCCUAACAACACCAAUGAAUGAAAUAAAAUAAAUGUCACUGAUUUUUUAUGGAUUUACAAUGUAAAUUUUACAUCUGAGCUGGAUAGUUUAAAAAUGUAUACUUCAAGUCACCAACAUACAUUAUCAUUGCCGUUUUAUAAUAAUAUAAAAAACUAUUUAUGGUUUAUGCUGACGACAUUUACAUUGAGAUGAAAACCCUAAUUUUUAAGGAAUUAAAUU